AUGAACCAUGAACAAUUUUUAGAAGAAUUUUUUUUUUUUAAUAAACCAUUAAAUAUUUGUAGAUUAAUAUUUUAUUAUUAUUGUUAUUGUAAUCGUUUUAAAAGAAAAUCAACUAAAAAGGGGGGUUGGAGAAUGUCAAUUCAAAGUAAUGAAGACUAUGUUCGAUUCGAAGAGUUGUGUGUUGAUUCCUUUCAUAAACCAGAGGAAGCCAUCAGAAUCGAAGAGAUUCUACAACACUACUUCUUGAAUCCAAACUUUUUGGUUGAAUAUAAAAAGAUACUUCAAUACUCAAAGAACUCAUGUGUCGUUGCACAAGUCUCAAGAGGUCUCUCCAAGUGUAUCACUCAAUAUUGGAAUUCAAUUCCACCCACUCAACGGAAUGAUAUUACUGUAUUCGAGACUGGUGAAAUUCUCAUGGCAAGAAGAUACAAGAAAGACAGACUCAGAGAUAUCAUUCGAGAGUUCAACGAUCAGGCAGGCGAUCAUCUCUCACUAACACAACACCGUAACCUCUCGAUUCUCCUCAGAGAUCAAGUACUGAUGCGAUUCUACACAAUCUCACUCGAUUCUUUGAAAUUCGUAUUGUCAACCAUCGAAAAGAAUGAAAAGAUUGAUAGAAUUAGAGAAUGUGCAUUAGAUCUAAGUUUAGCAUGUCUUACAUUUGACUUUAUUAAAGCAUCGUCUAUCGAGUCGUCAGAAGAGAUUCUCACAGUUCAGAUACCGGUUGCAUGGAAACAUAUAUUUGAUGAUCUCAAUACAACCGAUCUCUACUUUAAAAUCUAUAAAACAUACUUUUCUACAAAGAGUUUAGAAUGUUUAAUAUCAGUUGCAUCUGUUAGAAAAUCAUUGUUUCAUACAGAGGAUGAGAGAGUAAAGUUCAUUACCAACAUCUUUAAGGGUACCAAAGAUAUCUUGACAAACAAUACAGGAUUCUUCAAUGAAAACAAUCAUCUCUCAUUCUGUAGAAUACUUGAGAGAAUCAAAACCAACUAUCAUUUGAAUCAAUUGGUUGCCAUCGAAGGUUACCCCGACUGGAUUCAACUAUUAUCUCAUUUUACCAUUGAAACAUUAAAGAAUCCACAAUUUUCACCAAAUAGUAUAUAUUAUUUAUUAUCGUUGUGGGCAAAGUUUGUUGCAUCUAUAUCUUAUAUCAGAGGUGAUACUACAAAAGCAUGUUUAGAUAAAUAUACACCAACUAUCAUGGAAACAUUCAUUAAUUCUAAAAUAGAAGGAUCGUCAUUCUUGGAGGAUGAAGAUGAGAAUUUAAUGGAUUUCGAUAAGAUGGUUGAAAUGUUGGAGAAUAUACCAUUCCUAGGUAGAUUAACAUACAACUUGACUGCCAAGCAAAUACUACAACUCUUUGAUAGAGCAACUCAACAGAUUGCUGUUGAAACAAACAUCGAUAAUAUUACUGUACUAGAGAGACAAUGUGCAUGGUUAGUUUAUACGAUUGGAUGUUUAAUCUUUGGUAGAACAGCUAUCAAUAGUUCAGAGGAGUACGAUACUCUCGACGGUGAUCUCUCUGCAAGAGUGUUCAAGUUGAUCGACUUUUGCGACAAGAAGAUGCAGGUUGAAUCAUUUAAGAACAACCGUGAGAGCAGAAUUGCAUUGGAGCUCUCAUUCAUCUACUUUAUGCAAAACUUUAGAAAGAUCUACAUUGGUGAAAGUACUAUCAACUCAUCAAAGAUCUAUCCUCGACUCUCUGAAUUACUAGGAAUAACUGAUCAUAAUACAAUAUUAUUCUCAAUAAUAAGAAAGAUUGGAUUCAACUUUAAAUAUUGGUGUGAUGUAGAUGAAGUUAUUAAAAGAAGUUUAGAGUUGUUUUGGGAUUCUGUAAAUGGACAUUCCACAUCAAAGAUACUAUUGAAUACAUCGAUCACUCAUGAUUUGUUAAAGAAUCACAACUCUGAGAUCUUCCCAUUCCUCGAUAAGAAUCCAAACACCAAACAUCGUACCACUCUUUACAAGGCAAUCGCCAAGUUGUUGUUCACCGACGAGAACACUCAUUUCUUUGACGAGUUUAUUCAGCCUUUCGAAGACAUCAUGAAUAAACUACAGAUGAUCCAAUCCGUUGAGAUAUUCAGACAAGAAGAGACCAAGCGAAAGAUCAUAGGUCUCAUGAGAGAUCUAAGAGGUAUCAUUACAUCUGCAAUCUCAAAGAAAUCAUAUCAACAAGUAUUUGAAUUUUUAAAUCCACAUUUCAGUGUAUUUUUAAAGAUUGUACAAAGUUUAAUAAAUUGUCCAGAGGUCAUCAAUAUACUCUUAAAGUUAUUAUCGGAAUACGUUUAUAACAAACAGACAAGAUUAAACUUUGAAUCUUCUUCACCCAAUGGCUAUGUUGUAUUCAGAGAAACAAGUAAGAUACUUGUUGCUUAUGGAACAUCGAUAUUAAAUUUACAAUGUUCAACACAAGAACUUUAUAAAUUUAAAUUAAAGGGUGUCAGUACUUUAAUGAUUAUCUUUACUAGAUCACUCACAGGAAACUACUGUAACUUUGGUGUUUUCGAGCUGUUUGGUGACAGAUCAUUCCACAGCCUACUCGAUAUCACUCUCCAAUUGCUAAACUCUAUCACUCUUGAUGAGCUAGUCAACUUCCCAAAGGUAUCAAAGAUAUACAUGGUACUCAUUGAAGCGCUCUGUCUCAAUCAUACACAAACCAUAUUGGAAUUAAACUCUACUUACUUUGGUUUAAUUAUGUAUUCAAUCUUGAAAGCAAUAGAUAAUCAAGAUAUUCAUUUAUCAAAUCAAGCAUGUGUUUCAUUAGAUAAAAUAAUAUCAAUGUGUCACUCACAAGCCAAGAAGAAGGAUUCCAAGACAUUGAAUGCAAUUCGACAACAUUUCACAGAACAUCACACUCUUCUCAAGCAACUGAUUGACAAACUAUUCUUUGUUGUCAUCUAUGAGGAUAACCUUAAUCAAUGGUCUAUCUCUAAGCCUCUAUUGGGUUGUAUUCUAUUCUCUCCAGAUUUAAAGUUCUUACAAUUGAAUCAAAACUCUAGUGAUAAGAUUGAAGUGCUCUUUACUCAAUUAAUGACUGAUAUCCACGAUAAUUUAGAGACAAAGAAUAGGGAUAAAUUCACUCAAAACGUAGCAACAUUCAGACGUGAGAUGAGAUUAUUGGGAGCCUCCGGUACAAGAUAUUUUAAAAGUAUUUUAUAA